AGGCGCAGCCCGGCGCCUACAAAGGCUUCGGCUUUGCAGGAAUGGGGGAGCCCUUUCCCAGUGCUUACCAGAAGCCCACAGCCCCAAGGAGCUACUUUCCCAGCCCCUUGGACACCUACAUGCCACAGGCGGCCAGAGCCAAGAUGAAAGACUUGAGGGAUGGUGAGAUUUCUCCUUCCUCCCCACCCAUGCCAGUCAUCAACAACGUCUUCAGCUUGGCACCUUACCGGGACUACCUGGAGGGCACUGAGGGCUCAGCCCAGGCCCCCUUCUGCAGGGAGCAUCUGCAGGGGGACACCCUACCCCAAAACAAGGGGGACCCAGGGUCUCAGGGGGGCAGCCCCAGUGGGUUGCCAGCCUCUGAGGACAUUGUGUUGGACCUCAGCCUGAAGAAGAGACUGGUGAAAGCUGGGGAGACCCAGGGACCUGUUGGUGGCACAGAGGGGACGUGGGAGGGAGAGGGCGUGGAGGUAAAGAAAGAGGGUCCAGGGGAGAAGGGGAGGGUGGGAGAGGGGGCCAAGCCCCAGGCACUGCCUGUGCUGCUCAAGGUCCUCCCCAGAGCUGCUGCAGGCAGCACCUCAGCUCUGCAGGGGACUCAUCCGGCCCCGCAGCAGCCCCCACUGCCUGAAGCCUCCCAUGCUGUGGGAGAGGAGGGCGUCUCUCCCAGGCAGAGCGAAACCCCCGCUGAGCAGUAUUUCAUCACCCUGCACGCCUCUCUCUGCGACGUUAUUUCGUGCUCAGUGUCCAGGUCCUCCCCAGAGCUGCUGCAGGAGUGGCUGGGACAAGACGUGGCUGCUCUCCUUGCUAACCUGCUCUCUCAGCUGAAGACUUUCGUGUUCACUUGCAAGUGUCCUUUCCCUCACGUCGUCCGGGCAGGGGCCAUCUUCAUCCCCAUCCACGUGGUGAAGGAGAAGCUCUUUCCCAAGCUCCCCGGGGCUUCCGUUGACCAAGUGCUGCAGGAGCACAAGGUGGAGCUGCGUCCCACCACCCUCUCAGAGGAGAGGCACCUGAGGGACCUGGAGCUGAAGACCUGCACCUCGCGCAUGCUGAAGCUCUUGGCGCUCAAGCAGCUCCCCGACAUCUACCCAGACCUG